AUGCCCUCAGACAACCUGCGUCAUGGCUAUGAGGUGACUAUGCAUACCGGGCUUGAAUACCAGAAUACUAUGGUCACCGACGGCAAAGCAGCCGUCUCGCUACAAGAUUUGCCGAUCGAGCUUGUUGCUCAAGUCCUUACGCAUGUUGCCGACAUUGAGACACUAGACAGUCUCAUCCGAGCGUGGCCCGCUGCGUAUCGCGUAUUCGAGUGCAGCGCUGUCGAUAUCACCGAAGCUGUCUUGUCUUCUGGUUACGCAAGCGGCUACGUAUGCGGGCAUAUCCGAGUCAUCUUUCGUAUCAUUGCCUUGCUGCGAUCUGGAACCCUCCCAAUCUCCAGCUUAGCGGAUUUCCAACGACGGGUUAUUAUCGAUGCUAUGAGAUCCGUAUCUCGCGUGCGUAGUUCGCGUAAUGGAUUCGCCCCAGACUUGUUGGCUAGGGAGACACCACCGGCAGUAAUACGCAGUCUUUUAGCGACAUACCGGCAGGUCAUGUCCGCCUCUCUCGGCUGUCUCACCUACUAUCUUGACAGUUUCAAGACUCUCGAGCCUGAGCAUCCCAUUGACAAGGGGAUCAAAAAUCCCAAUCCUGCAUGGAGCCAGGAUAUCUCGACUUGGCAAUCAAGGCCGCAAGGAAGAAAAUUUAACAUACGGGACGUCGGCCCCCCAUCUUGGACCGAGGAGCAGCGCGUCAACCGGGCUUUCUGGCGUCUGCAGCUUCUCUACGAUCUCAAAAGAGCCGCAUCAAGAGGCUUAUUAGACUGGCCAGACGAUAGCAAGGCUGCACUUUGCGACAUUGUUGCAGUCAGUCGUCCAAUCGGGGAGUAUGCGAAUUAUUGGCUUCGGACCCGCCGCUACGCGUACACAACCUGGGCUGGCUCUUCAGACUUUUACCAUGCUUGGGUGCAUGAUAUUCCAUAUGCGGCACAUAAACCAUGCCCCCCCGAGUACGAAGAGCUGAUAUCCGUUGUUGAUUAUGUUCGAGCCGUUCAUGGCCAGGAAGCCUCUGAACGGUUAGUUAAAGGUGAGGUAUGCCUAGCAGAGUUACAAGGACCUGUAGAGAUAUAUCGAGAAUGGUCGCUAGCCAAGCCUGGCGUAAAGGACUGGAAAACACUUAUCGGUCCAUCUGUGGGAGCCGAACGCCAUUAUCGCGGGCCACAAGGGAGGUCGAUACUGGAUAUGGUUGACUUUGACCCUUUGGGGCGCUAUGGGUUUGCAUUUUGGUCGUGGGAGCGCAUGUUUGCGUAUGGCCUUGCCACAAGGAGCCAUUCUGAAUUUGAAGACUACCGGGUCACUUAUGCGUGGGAAAGCAUCCUCAGCCCUGAGGAAGUUGCGAGGGCGGAGUGGGAAAUGGGGAAGAUGACAUAG